AUGUUAUUUCCAAUUGCAUUUCUAGCGUGUGUGGUUUGUGCUUCCGGGUCUAUUAGAGGAGUUUCUCCGGAUAAAGAAGCGUUAUAUGCCCCUUUGAAAGAUGAUCCGACCAAAUGGGCAUGCUUAAACGACAGUUCGAUUGUGAUAGACUACAGUAAGAUCAAUGACAAUGUUUGUGAUUGUCCGGAUGGAUCUGAUGAACCGGGUACGAAUGCAUGUGUUGAUUCGAAGACGCUUUUCUAUUGCGAGAAUGAAGGGUUUAUACCAAGAAGAAUAGCGAACUACAAGGUUGACGAUGGGGUGUGCGAUUGUUGCGAUUGCUCUGAUGAGGAAUGGCCAGUGGAGAAGCAAGGUAGUUUAGUUCGUGGGAAGAGUUGUUCUGAGUUGAAGGUGGAGUUUGAUGGUAUAGUGGAGAAGGAGCUUGCUAACUGGCGGGCUGGUGUUUCUGCGUUGGAAAAGCUUCAAGGAAAGGCUAAAAAGUUCGGGCAUAAUAAAGCGACGAACCAAGGUGAGGAAAAUGUUUAUAUAGAGUUGGCCAGGAUGCAGAAGUAUGGUCGGGAUGUUAGUGAAGCUUUGGAACGGACAGGAGAGGCGAUUGAGGGUCUACAGGAUGCUUACAAGAAGAAGCUAGCUGAACAGUCGCCGCAGUUGUUUGAAUACGAGAAUAUGGGCAUCGCUCUCAUUACCGAGUCUAUCACGACGGUAUUCACGCACGUCCGGACAUUGUCCAAUGCAUUCAACGAGUUGAGAUACAUCUUGAACGAGUUGUACGAGACUUACAACCGUAAGGUGAAGGACAAAGUGGUUGCAAGGAACAUGAGACGGUUUGUUGAGUUAGAAAGGUCUUUUGAUAAAACGUUCCAGCCUGACGGGUCUCUUGACGCUACGCAACGAGACCAGAUCAACGACUACUUGAUCGACGAGUUGCCUUUGUUCCUCUUUGAGGGGAAGAGCAAGUAUCCAGCGGAUAUCAUCGUGGCCAAAUCGAACUUCAUCAAAGCCAUAAUAACCGUCAAGUUGGAAACGAUGGACCAGACCAUCGACGGCAUCAAGCAGUUCCAGGAGAUUGCCGAAGACAUUAUCAACAACCACGAUAUCAAUUUCCAGGAUGCUGCCGUGAAGGCGUUCACAGACAGCUACAUGUCGUUCAUGUCCAAGUACGGGGAUUCGAUAUAUAGAGUUGAUUUCCCAGAGGAAUUUGACGAGACCUUCUCGAACUUGCUCAAGUUCAUCGAGAGAGAGGCCCCCAAAGUCACUCGUGUUGAUUACACUCCGGAAGAUGAUUCGAAAUGGGGCGUGAUGCGUCUGGUGAAAGGAGCGCUCAACAGAAUACAAGCGUUCUCGAACUCUCCACAAUCGUACAGGUCUCAAAUCAAAGUGAUGAAGGAGCAAGAGGUGAAGUUGAGACAAAAGUUGAGAAAGACUGAGAAACAAAUCCGGGAGUUGAAGGAACGGGCUGCUGCAGCUGCUGCUGCCGAAUUGGACGACGCCGACUUGAAACACAGAGUUCUUCACCAACAAGUAGACACUUUGCUCAAUAACCUCAACGAUUUCUGCGUCGACAGCAAGUUGAACUCGUACAUAUACAAGUUGUGCUUCUCCAAGGAAAACGGAGGCGCCAUCAUCCAGAUCGAGGACAAGCCCAAGGGCAAGGAAGUUACAGUGGGCCAUUUCAAAGGCUUCGCUAUCGACGAUUCCACCAAAUACGAAACUUAUCUACAAGGUUUGCAAUACAGAUACCCAGACACUGAAGUUGGCAAGUACUUGUACAGCGACACCGAGGAAAUUGGCAAACAAGACAUACUGCUAGGAAACCUUCCGGAUUUGGACACCGGUUUAAGGUUAGAUUAUAGAGGCGGGGACAGGUGUUGGAACGGUCCAUUAAGGUCGGCCAAAAUCAGAAUGAGAUGUGCACCACAAUUCUCAAUCGAGUCAGUUUCGGAACCAACAAAGUGCGAAUACCUGUUUGAAAUGGCCGGACCCUUGGGAUGCGAUCCCAGCUUCAAGUACGAAAGAAAACACUCACGUAUAAACUGA